AUGUCUAUGGACAAUAGAGUCAGUGGCAGUGGCAGCAACAACACCUCAACAUCAACUUCAACAUCAACAGCGGUACAUAAUCAACUUGGUGAACUGAUUGUUGAAGCCUUACACAGACACUCAUAUACAACAGCGAUAUACUAUGCUGACAAGUUAUUGCAAUUGUCAUUGGUUGCACCUCCAAAUGUAUACUCUGAGAACUUGUAUAUGUUGUGUAAUUGUUUGUUUAGUGAUGGACAGUACAAGAGAUGUACAUACUUGUUGCAACAGUUUAUGAGACAAAAGACAUCUGGUGUACAGCGCAAACAUAUCUAUCUGGCGGCAAGGUCAAAGUUCAGAUUGGGCGAAGGCGACUACGAGCAAUGCAUUCAAAUACUUGGCGAGGAUGAUGAAUCAAUGUACAGGCAAUACAAUAUCGUUGAGGAUACACCAACUACCACGACCAACAACAAUACAAUACAGAUGUCAUCAAUGAUGUCAAUGCUUCGUGGUAAGAUCUACGAGGCCAUGGACAAUCAGAAGAAGUCAAAGUACUGGUAUAUCAAGUCAUUGAAGCAAGAUUAUAAGAACUAUGAGGCAUUCGAAGCAUUGAUCAAUGGACAUAUACUUAACUAUUCUGAAGAGUUGGAGCUCAUUGCAUUGUUGAACUUCUCUCGAUCAGACAAAUGGUUACAAGAGCUGUACCUAACAUCUUUAAAGAAGUAUGAAUCACCAAACAACAACAAUAAUAAUAAUAAUAGUAUCAUUAGCCGAUUCCUUAGGAUGGAUUGUGGCGAUGAGACGUUGAGCCAGACACUGGCACAGAGCAAUGAUUGUAGAUCAUCACUGGCAGAGUACUACUUCUAUCAGUAUCACUACAGGGAGGCAUACGACAUCACCAACAGUAUAUUCAAGGAGGACAAGUAUUAUAACAAUCAGACAUGUCUGCUGGUGCACCUCUCCUCGAUGUAUGAGCUGGCCAUGAAGAACGAGCUGUUCUACACGUGCCACCAGCUGAUCGAGAAUCACACGCAGCCCGCCAUCGCAUGGUAUGGCAUCGCGUGCUACUACCAUCUGAUACAAAACAGCGAGAUGACACAGAAGGCCUUCAACAAGUCGACCACACUCGAUCCCAAGCUCGGCGCCGCUUGGCUAGGCUUUGGCCACUACUUUGCCAGCAAGGGCGAGCAUGACCAGGCCAUGUCCGCGUAUCGCACGGCCUCCCGCCUGCUCACCGGCCUUCACCUGCCCCUGCUUUGCAUCGGCAUGGAGUUGAUUGGCGUGCACAACCUCAAUCUGGCCGAGCAGUAUCUUGCCCAAGCCAAGGACAUUUGUCCGUACGACCCCCUGGUCUACAACGAGAUGGGCGUCAUCGCCUACAAGAACAACACGUUUGGCAAUGCCAUCCAGUUCUUCCUCAAGUCGCUGGAGAUUGCCACAAAGAACUCGGCGCUCUCAUCGCUCAGCAACAACAACAACAACAUCAACAACAACUCGUCCUUGCUGUCAUCGUCGUCAUCGUCAAUGUCAGCCAUCGCCAGACGCCAGCAACAACCAAGAUACACGGUGGCCAUGGAGGCCACGCUGUUCAACCUGGCGCACAGCUAUCGCAAGACCAGACAGUUUGACAAGGCCGUGCACUACUAUCGCAUCGCACAGACACUGUCACCAAACAACGCGUCCAUAUUCACUGCGCUGGGCUUCACACAUCAUCUACAGGGUCAGUUCGAAGAAGCCAUCGAUCUCUACCAUCAGUCACUGUCGAUACGCGAUGACUCCUUCACCAACACGUUGCUCAACAAGGCAUUGUCACUGUCGAUACUGGGUCAUGACUGA